GAGUCAACUUACAUGUCAUAUCAUUGACACAGGAUGAAAGGCCGGCAGUAUAUGCGAAUGCCGUGCCGUUGAAAUGAAGAACCAUUAAAUAAGUAUUUUUGUUGAGGAGGAAUUUCAAUAAAUAAAUAAAUAAAUAAAUAAAUAAAGUGGUGGGGUAGCAAAAUUGACAAGGACGUGAUUCCUCAACAGCGUAGAAUAAAUAGAUAGACUUAUCUACAAGGUUACAAGCUGCGUUUUUUUAAAACCACCCGGUUUCUGUAUUUCUUUGAUUCUAAUAAGAAACGCCUUGUUUGUUCAGCUUCUCUCAAAUCUGACAAGAAUGCCGACGUUGAAUCUGUUUACCAACUUGCCGGUGGACGGAGUUGUGGCCUCUGACAUCCUCAAGGACGCCACCAAAGCCGUUUCUAAGAUCAUUGGCAAACCCGAGUCCUAUGUGAUGAUUUUGCUCAACGGGUCUGUGCCGAUUGCAUUUGCUGGCACGGAAGAGCCUGCUGCGUAUGGAGAAUUGAUCUCCAUUGGGGGCAUUGGACCAGGUGUUAACGGAAAACUGAGUUCAACCAUUGCAGAAAUUCUCGAAACUAAGCUCUCCAUUGAUAGCUCCCGCUUCUAUAUCAAAUUUUAUGACGUUGAGAGGUCCUUCUUCGGGUUCAACGGCUCAACAUUUUGAUCACAACUGUUCUUCAGCUGAUGCUGGCAAAUGGCCUUGUAUCCCUCAGUUGCAAUCUUCUUGUUUUUGAUGAAAGAGUAGUCUUCGUGUUUGAUUGUAUUCUCUGAUGAAACUAAAACUGUGAUUCAGAUCAGAAACAGCUAUGAAACUAAAAUUGUAUUGUUGAAACAUACUCUUGAAAGAGUGCAAAUUUUUAGUAAAGUCUAAGUCACUAUUAUUGAAAUAUACAAAAAUUUGUUGGUCAA